CGGUUUUGAAGUGGCACGUUAAACUCAUUCCAAAGACCGAGGAAGGGAGCUCGAGCCGCACUCACCCACACAGCAAAAGCCCAGAGGCGGCGGCCGCCGCCGCAGGCCAGCAACCUCGCCGUCAUCGCCACCCCCGCCGCGGCGCCGGUUCCCCUCCAACCGCCGGAGACCAUGUCGAGCGGCCUCGACAUGUCCCUGGAGGACCUCAUCAAGCGGUCCAAGUCCCGACCCAAAGCCAACCCCAUCUCCUCGUCGGGACCCGCCCGCCGCGCGCCGCUGGCCGCCCGCGCCGCGCCCUAUCCACCGGCUGCCCCCAAGGCCCGCGCCACCAACAACUCGCCCUACGGGAUCUACGCCGAGCACGUCGCCUCCUUGGCCGCGGUCGCGCCACAGCCGGCCGCCGCGAGGACGUUCGAGACGGGGACGAAGCUGCACAUCUCCAACCUCGACGCCGGCGUCACUGUCGAGGACGUCCAGGAACUCUUCGGGGAGGUUGGUGAGCUCAAGCGUUAUUCGAUGAACUAUGACAAGGAUGGGAGAUCCAAGGGAACUGCGGAAGUUGUCUUUGCAAGGAAAGUGGAUGCUUUGGAUGCUAUCAAGAGAUACAACGGUGUUCUACUUGAUGGGAAGCCAAUGAUGAUAGAGCUAAUUGGAAACAAUGCCGAACCAACCCCCGUGGUGCCAUUAAUCCACAACCGUCCUCUGCAGGACUACAGUGAAAUUCAUAACAGUGUGCCUCAAAGAGGUGGUCAUAGAGGGACAUCCCAAGGCAAUGGUCAUCUUGGAAACAGUAGCCAAAAUAGUGGUGGCCGCAGACAGGGGAAAGCCCGAGGGCAGGAUCGGAAUCGUGCACAAGUGUCUGCUGCUGAUCUUGAUGCUGAACUGGACAAGUAUCACGCGGAAGCAGUGAAAGAAGUGAGGCUCUGAUGUUCCAUUUAUACAGUGGAGCCACGCUGAGACAGUGCAGCCUUUUGAGUUAGAAACUGUGAAGUUGUUGCUUUGCCAGUGUUUAAUGGUAGAAUUUUUUUGCUGCUAGUGACAGAACCAUGCAGAUACCACGUUCCAGGACCAUGAUGCGUGGGUUUGAACCAUGGAAUAUCCAGUUAAUGCUCCUUGCGGUAUCAAAUGCCAUUUGGUGUACAAUCCAGUGUUUAAGUAGUGGUACGUAUUUGCAAAAUCUAUUCAUUGUAGUUGUUAUCCAUCGCCGAGAACAAUUGGAAACCAUCAGCAAACAAUUUCAUCUG